CAUUCAUUAAUUAGAAGGAAUAAUUGUUCCUCAAAGGUUUUAUAUAUAAUUCCUAUGGUAGGUGCACCCUCACACCACCACCCUUCUCUUCCUGUAGGCUUGUCUCUGAGGCUCUGGAGAGUAAAAUGGAGCUAGAUGAGCUUGGGUUUUUGGAAGAGCUUCUGGCUCUCAGGGGGGAGACAUGGGACACUCUCCCCGGUGGAAUGAAUCAUGAGUUCUUCUCUAGUGAAAGCAGCUUGGAUUGCUUCCACGAGAACCAAAGCCUUGUUCCUCCCAGCUUCUCAGCAUUCGAAGGCCUCGCCGCGCCGGCGGAGCCCAAUUUUGAUUGCCUCAGCGAAGUCUACCGCCUGCUUGGUGCCGGGUUUGCUGCGGCAGCACCGGAGAUCCAGUCGUCGUCGGUGCAGUCGCCAUUGGAGGAUGGCAAGGUUGGCCCGGUGGUCCACGGUGAUCGGCGUGAGGUGGUCGGAGAUGGGCAGACUGUUUGCAAGGUGGAGAUGGGGCCGCCGGCGGAGGCGCCGGUGGUUCUUGGGAUGGGUGGCUGCAGUGACCGGAAGAAGAGGAGAGCCGAGGGGCUGCAGUCCAAGAAUCUAAUGGCCGAGAGACGGCGGAGGAAGCGGCUUAACGAUCGGCUGUCGAUGCUUCGAUCCAUUGUUCCAAAGAUCAGCAAGAUGGAUAGGACUUCUAUUCUUAGUGACACCAUAGAUUACAUGAAAGAGCUGCUGGAAAGGAUCAAAGGAUUGCAGGAAGAGAUCGAAGUCGGCUCGGAGCAGCCGAAUUUGUUAGGCAUCUUCAAGGAAUUGAAUCCAAAUGACAUAUUGGUGAGGAACUCUCCCAAGUUUGAUGUCGAAAGGAGAGAUUUCGACACCCGAAUAGAGAUUUGCUGCACGGCGAAGCCAGGUUUGCUGCUGUCGACGGUGAACACUCUAGAGGCCCUGGGGCUAGAGAUCCAGCAGUGUGUUGUUAGCUGCUUCAAUGACUUUGGAAUGCAAGCUUCUUGUUCUGAGGAUAUGAAGCAGAGGGCAGUAAUAAACUCUGAGGAGAUAAAGCAGGCCUUGUUUAGAAAUGCAGGCUAUGGCGGAAGGUGUUUGUAGAAGAGAUAAUGCAACGGGGGAGCAGGUUUGAGGGGCUUUUGCACACCUCUGUAGUCAAGAAGCUUAGAAGGGAAUAAUUGAUUUGGUUGCUUGCAGCUUCCCCACCUAUUUUAUGACUUGUAAUUGGUUAUUAUUACUUGUUACUGGUUAGAGGUGGCCAUCGAUGUGUGGGUGUUUCUCUCCUUCACAUGCUGCUAAAUAUAAGAUUGAUAUGUUUUUAUGAUGUGGGGUUGUAUGUUCAGAGUUUUUGUAAAAAUAUUGAGCAUAAUUCACCCAAAUACACUGUUCAGAGCAAUGUUACUGC